CCCGGGUCGCCGCCGCUGCCAGACGCCAGACGCGGCCCCGCCCACCCUGCAAACGACCUGGCCCCGCUUCCUGGCCCCGCCCAUAGCUCCCGCCGCGACCCCGCCUAUCUGGACUCGGCUUUGGUCCCGCCCCUGGAAGCCCUAUUUAUUCCGCCCCCAGCACCUACACCGCCAGAACCAGCAGGCUAGUGGCAGUCGGUGCUGCACCUCUUCUUACUCCUCGCGUCACUGCUGCCGCCAUGCCCGGAGGUCUCCUCCUCGGGGACGAGGCUCCCAACUUCGAGGCAAAUACUACCAUCGGCCGCAUCCGUUUCCACGACUAUCUGGGAGACUCAUGGGGCAUUCUCUUCUCCCACCCUCGGGACUUUACCCCAGUGUGUACCACGGAGCUCGGCAGAGCAGCAAAGCUGGCACCAGAAUUUGCCAAGAGAAAUGUUAAGAUGAUUGCUCUUUCCAUAGACAGUGUGGAAGACCAUCUUGCAUGGAGCAAGGAUAUCAACGCUUACAAUGGUGAAGAGCCCACGGAAAAGUUACCUUUUCCCAUCAUUGAUGAUAAGAAUCGGGACCUUGCCAUCCAGUUGGGCAUGCUGGACCCAGCAGAGAGAGACGAGAAGGGCAUGCCUGUGACUGCUCGUGUGGUGUUUAUUUUUGGUCCUGAUAAGAAACUGAAACUGUCCAUCCUCUACCCAGCUACCACUGGCAGGAACUUUGAUGAGAUUCUCAGAGUAAUUAUCUCUCUCCAGCUGACGGCAGAAAAGAGGGUGGCCACCCCGGUUGACUGGAAGAAUGGGGACAGCGUGAUGGUCCUUCCAACCAUCCCUGAAGAGGAAGCCAAAAAACUUUUCCCUAAAGGAGUCUUCACCAAAGAGCUCCCGUCUGGCAAGAAAUACCUCCGCUACACACCCCAGCCAUAGGCUCGCCACGGAGUUGGUUCUGGAGCUGCCCACUUAGCACCAUGAGCCAGAGGAUGCCAGCUGUCCAUCAUGUUUCCCCACAGCAGUCCAUUAAAAACAUUCUGGUAUGAUCACAGCCAAGGUCUUUAGGUUGCUAUACUACUGGCUUAUUAAAUGAAAACAGCACUAAAAAUUCCUGGGGAUCCUUUGUGCCUUCAGCAGCUUUCUCCUUUGUUCAUAUAUCUUCACACUCUCUGCUGACUUUCUUCGAAAUUUGAGACUUAUCUUGGAUCUCUGCAGGGUUUUAUGACCAAGAGGUGGUAUCAGUUUAUGGUUGAAAAAGCCUGCUUUGUUCCAUCAUACUGUGUUGACCAAAAUGUUCAUUUGGCUUUUUAAAACCCGAACGAACGUUUUGGCCAAGCCAAAAAAAUGACUAUCAGGUUUGUUUUUUUUUUUCCUGUGCUCAUCAAAUCUUCUGUUACCCAUUUUGGGAGGGAAUAGAACUUGGGGUUCAACUUCCUCUGUACGUAUCUACGUGUAUAACCUAAGAACUUAGAGUAACCUGGAAGUUCUUCAGUAUUCCAUGUUUUGAUCACAACUGAGGGAAAAAACCUUUUCCAUUCAGUACUUUUCUAGUAGAUAAAUGAAAGAUGAGCCUGGGGAGAGAAUCUUUAAAUAUUUUGCUAUCAAGAAAAUUUUUCAAUAAAUUGCUAUUGAAAAGCUACAGAAAAGGCUCCACUUGCCUGCCAGAGAGGUGUAGCAGAAGGCGUGAGCAACAUGACAGUGCCAGGUGCCUUUUGGAGAAUUUCUGGAUGUCAGUUUGUUCUACGAUGACAUGCAUGUGAAAGGGCCCACCGUGGGAAGAGGGAAGAGGAUGACUGAAAAUGUUUUAUUAUCUAUUCUUGCAGUGGAGGAGGGAGAUGUUUUCUGAAUUUUGCUUCUUAGGGAUCAGCAAAUAAAUCCUUUGUCAAAAACGUGA